CGUUUUUCUGACUCUUCGAUUCACUUUCCGUUGGUCACUCGCCCACUACGCGUUUAUAUUACAUCUGCAAAAUUCGUAUAUAUCUUUUUGCGCCGACGAAAUGAUACGCAUCGAAAAAAAUUAUCAUGUGAAAAAAAUGAAACAUAUUUAGACGAAAUGCAAGAGAAAUGGUAAGUCAAGUGAAUGAAUGAACGCUCCAAUCGAAGAUGGCAUCAAAGGUUCUGGCAGAAGAAAGUUUGAACGCGUCACUCCAAUUGCAUGAACAACAUCAUAAUCAUCAUCUUCAUCGAAGUAAUACUCUGAUGAUAGUAGACUGUGAAAAAUAGACUGUGAAACGACAAUUAAAUGCUAAAUAAAAAAUUGUAAUAGAAAAAGAGCGUAUGAUUUUCGAAAGAUCCCGAAUGGAAUGAGUGAUUAGGCGAAUAAGCGUUUUCGUAACCAUUCCCUCUAGUAAAACAUCGACAUAUCGAUUAAAAAUGUGCCUACUGCAUAUGAUGACGGUUGGCACGCAUUUGUUGAUACUAUUUAUUGCGUUGUUGGAAAAUUUCAAAUUGGCCACCGCUUAUCAUAUCAGCGUCGAGCCACAAGCAACGCUCAACUACAAUGGACACAUCAUUAAUUCCGAAAAUCUGCACACAUUUUUAGACAAUCAUGAGAAACAGUUGCUGUUCGGAUUGAAUCAUCAGCACAUUCAAAAGAAACCAUACAAACUCGUAAAUGUGAAGCAUAAAUUGAGGAAUCAACGGUCCGUGCAAGAUGUCAUUCAUUUGCGAUUAAACAGCGAUGAUGUGCUGGAUAUCAACCAUUGUCGAUCAAAUUCAAGCGAUUGUGUGCGAGAUCGUGACGGCGGUGGCAUUGAUUUGCAUCUGCAACGAUCGAAUAAGCUGCUAGACGAUAAUUUUGUAUUUAUCAAACGCGAUGAAAAUCAAACACAGCUCAUCGACGAUUUCGAUAAAUUAGCGGAGAGAUACUCGAAUUGCUUCUAUCGCAAUCAAAACUCAGCCAUUGACUUAUGCGAUGGUAAUGUGCGCGGGAUUUUAUAUCAAAACUCGCGAAAUCUUAUAAUCCAUCCGUUGCCCACACGCUUUGGCAGCGCUUCACAUAUUUUAUAUGAAAGUGAAUUGCCUGCAGGCAUUUUGAACGAUGACAGACUUCAGGACGAUAUAAAAAGACGAAGACGACGACAACGAAUUCAAACCAAUGAAGAUGAUGAGCACAAAAUUCCCAAGCAUUUAAAGCGCACCAGACGCUAUAUUACAUCUGGUUCCAAUCGAAAAGUUCCACAUGUGUUAUUCAUUGAGACGGCAAUUUUUGUGGAUCGGGACCUUUUUCGACACAUGGUCAAAAAUUACCCAAAAAAUACGGAAGGAAAUCUUAUUCGCUUCGUUAUGGCCAUGAUCAAUGGUGUUCAAUUGCUAUAUCAUCACCCUUCACUAGGGCAUCAGAUCAAUUUUAUACUAAAACGCUUGGAAAUUCUACACAAUGAUCCAAAAGAGCUGCGCCGCUCCAGCGAUAUUGAUAUAUUUUUGAAUAGCUUCUGUAUGUGGCAACGCAAAUUCAAUCCGGUUGCCGACGAUAACAUUUUCCACUUUGACCACGCGGUUAUUUUAACAGGUCUCGAUCUGUAUGUUGUGAGUAAAAAUGGGAAAAUAAGCAGUCAAGUUGUUGGUUUAGCUCCAGUUGCCGGAAUGUGCACGUCAACAUCAAGCUGCACUAUCAACGAAGGCAAACAUUUCGAAAGUGUUUUCGUGGUUGCUCACGAAAUUGGUCACAAUUUGGGUAUGCGUCACGAUACCGCCGAAAAUAAUUGUGAUCCAAGCUUGUUUAUAAUGUCACCGACAUUGGGCAGUGGCAAAAUCACAUGGUCCAAAUGCUCUUUUAGCUAUUUAAAGUCAUUUUUAGAAACUAGUCAAGCGAAAUGUUUGUUUGAUCAUGGGCAAGCCGAUCCAACGCUGGAUCAUGGAGCUGAAAUGAUUUAUCCAGGAGAGCGUUUCGAUGCAGACCAACAAUGUAUGCUUAAGUAUGGAAAAGAUUCGAUACGAUCACGAGCACAGCCACUCAAAGAGAUUUGCCGCGAUUUACACUGCCAGAGAGAUAGAUACACAUGGACCUCACAUCCGGCGCUGGAAGGUACAAGCUGCGCGGAAUCGAAAUGGUGUCGAAGCGGUGUUUGUGUUCUGAAAACAGCAGCAUUCGAAAAAUAUACCGCUAUUACAAAGCCACUAGUAUCAGAUACGUCUGAGAAAUCGAAUUUAAUUGAUGACCGAAAAUUUAGCAAUUUGAUGAAAUCAGAGCAUACGAUAAGUCGGCCAACUCUGGUAAAUUAUGAAGAGGGAGAGGAUGAGGAAGAUGAAAAGGAGGAAAAUGAUAUCGAAAUAUCGACAUGGAGCGAGUGGUCAAAACCGAGUGACUGUGAAUCUGGAUGUUUGUUUGGCGAAACAGGACGACUUAGAGAAGGAAGCUCCGGCUUGAAAACAUUCCGACGUACAUGUCAUGAUUAUAGAUGGUCGCGAAAAAAGUGCUUCGGAAUGGAUAAAAAGUUUGAGACAUGCUUUUCGAAACAGUGCUACAAUGUGCCGCGAACGAGUGUUUUGGACUUUGCAAAUCAGAUAUGCGAGCGAGCAAAAAAGUUUGAUUCGAAUAUAUUGGGCGAAGGAUUGCAAGUGGUUAGUGAGAAUCCAGAGCAUUCUUGUCGUGUGUACUGUACCGGCAAAAAUGGGAAGCCGGUGACAAAAAGUUGGACAUUCCCUGAUGGUACAAUCUGUAGAAAUCAAAACACCGACAUCGACGAUAGCAGCUUCUUCUGCGUGAAUGGGCGAUGUGAGAAAUUUUCCUGCGACAAUACAACGAGCAAUUACUUCACAUUGGAUCCGUCGCUUUGUGCUCAUAACGCGGUAAACGCAAAAUUGACAAAGAAUGUAACAAGCAGUGAAGUAAUUGAUACGGGUCGCGAUUUAAAGAAUGUGGACAAAAUGCGACCGUCAGCCGCAAGUUUGGUUCAACGUUACACAAGAAAUGAUCCCGAAUUGCCCAAGCCAAUUCGACCGCCAAACAAUUUCCAGAAAUCCAAACUAAAUCGGAUUCGUUCAAGUUCUCUGCGGCAAAAUCGAAUCGAACAGCAGCACAAUCAUACGAUAUUUUCAGCAGAUGAUUGGAUCGUGAAGUCAGGAUGCCAUUUCAGUUGUAUUCAAAAUUCAAUGGGCGUUCAAAUUAUUUCAUCAAAAUCCGACCAUUCGACUAACAUUCAACUUUGUCACGCUGAAUUCAUUUCAUGCGAUAAAAUCGAAAUGACUCAAGAGUUUGCAACAAAUCUGUGCAAAAAAUAUCAGCGAAAAGUGCGAGGUUUGUCUGGAAAUGGGAUGCAAAUCGCUCCAAGUUCAAUUGAUCCAGAUCGUGGCUGCAAAGUUGCGUGCCAAGACGAAUACCUACAGCAUCGUUUCUAUUUGGUGAACGGUGACCAAGGCUUCUUUCCAUUCGGUACAAAGUGUUCACGUAAUGCAGCCAAUGACAAUCGCUACUGUGUCAAUGGAAAAUGCUUACAAUUCGAUCAAAGAAAUAUUCCACUUGUUGAAUCACACAUUAGCCUAGCGCUGUACAGAUCACGUCGCUCCUCACAUUCAGACAAAGCAAUAGCACCAACUAAUGAUGACGAUACUGAUGUCCAAAGCACCGAACGAAUCAAAAGAAAUUUCUUAUUUUUCGAACCGGUUAAUAUAACGGAACGACUAUCAAAGGAUUUGUUACAGAACAUCGUAAAAAAUUUAGUGUUUACGACGUCAUCCGUACAAGAAGAGCAAUUGAAUGAGCAACAGCUUGAUUUGACAAAUCCAAUACACAUAUCAUUAGAUGAAAUCCAUAAUAAUUUAAACAAUAAGCUAAGUUAGUUGGUUUUGAGCAGACAUACGAUGAUUGUUCGCUAGAGCAUUUUUUUAAAAUAAAACAAACAAAUCACAAUGAUUUAUUUUCC